AUGAAGAUCGAUUCGCCACUAUUAUCGUCUACCAGGCGGCGAGCAGCGGUUGCAUUCACGGCUGGGCUCUCUGUUAUUUUCUUGCUUCUAAUCAUUGGGAUCUACACAGGCCCAGAUAUCUCCCAGAAGGAGCGCUCAAGCACUUCCCAGAACAGAAACCUCUCCAUUACUCUCCGCAAGCUCCUUGACAACGCAGAAAAAGAACUGCAAGGUCAAAAUGAGACCUCUGAGGACAUUGGUGUGGAGCCAAACCGAAUAUGGAGCGACAGGUGUUCGAAAUCAGACAUCAUCGUAAGCCAGGGCCCCACGGAGCCGCUCCCGAAUGGGAUUCCGACCUACACGGUCGAGAUAAUGAACGUCUGUGUCUCGGGCUGUGACAUCUCGGCUAUACACCUCAGGUGCGGCUGGUUCAGCUCGGCCCGGCUCGUGAACCCGAGGGUCUUCAAGCGGCUCGACUUCGACAACUGUCUUGUUAACAACGGCAAGCCGCUGACCAACGGCCGCACGCUAUCUUUUCAGUACGCCAACACAUUUCCGUACUCCAUGACCGUUUCCUCGGUCAGAUGCUGA